UUCAAACAAGCAAGCAGCAUGUCAGCGUCUGACAACAUCUUGGAUCUACCAGCAGACUCUGACAAUGUGGACUACGUCCAAGCACAACAGCUGGAGGGGGCAGACUAUGCGCGCCCUCCGCUGCCCUUCCCCCAGUCGUCAGACGAGCUGACCAGCAACAGCAACCGCAGCAGCCGCAACAGCUCGAUGCGCGCACAAAUGCUGCACGAUAUACAGUCGCCACAGAGCAUCGAGCGCGAGUUCAAAAAGAAGAGCCUCGAGAAGUUCUGGCGCAAGGUCGGCAUGCUGUUCCAGGGCGUCAGCUUCUUGGCGCUCACAUUCAACAUCCUGUACGGCCUGCAGCUGGACGGCUACAUCCACUGGUCGUGGUGGUACAUCUACAUGCCGAUGUUUGCCAUCUUGCUCAUUGCGUUCCUGAUCACGUCGUCGCGUGCGCUCUCCAACUACGUGUCGUGGAUCAUCCGCUUCACCUGGAACAUCUGGGUGAUCUCGUCGACAGUGUUUGCCUUCUUUGUCAUCAUCCAUCUGCAGUAUAGCACGCUGUCGCCCGUCAUCAUGGUGGCGCCCAUCCUCGUGCUCAGUUUCACGACGCUGCUGGGCGGCCUCUACUCUUUCGUCCGCGGCUUGCACAUGAACGACGACAGGCCGCAACGCAAGACCAAGUACAUCGUGGGUGGCAUGCCCAUGUUCCUGAUCGGCCUGGCGCUGACGCCCAGUGUCAUCAUGAUUGCGAUGCGCUAUCACGGCGUGCACCCCGAUCUCACUUGGUCAAUCUGCUUCAUCCCGCUCUACACGGCCGAUGGCAUUGCGGCGUGCUUCUCCUUCUUCCUACUGUUGUUCAGCUUGGGCUCGCGCGAGAACUCGAGCUUCUCCAUCUUCCAGCUGUCCUCGCUACUCAUACUCAUCUUCUGCUCGAUCACCUUCAAGGUCCUGCUAGCACUCAAGCUAGAGGGCCAGCUGGCGAUUCAAUACACAGAGAUGUUCAUUCCGUUGUACGUGGGCGAGUUCAUGCUGAUCUUCUGCGGCAUCAAUCUGCUGCUCAAGCCGCCCAAGCACGAGGAGGAGUCCGAUCACAUCUUUGUCAUCAACCCACAAAUAGCCAUUGGCGCCAAGGAAGAACGUCGGCCACUACUAGGCCAG